AUGUCGCUGCAAUUCCUCAGUGACAAGGAGACGCUUCCGGGCCAGUCGCACUCGUCGCCCGUCGUCUCUGUAUGCUGGACGCGGCCGUCCACAUCGACAGCAGGCCUCGUCAUCUCCGGCGACACCGAUGGCCGCAUCAAACUCUUCGACGCACACUCUGCACGCGCGUAUCGCAGCUUGUCCACCGCACACCACAAUGCGGUGCACUGCAUCACCGCCAACCAGGCCGGCACCACCGUGCUCACGUCAGCCAUCGAUGGCACCAUCACCGCAUGGAACCUCGAGCCCUUCGCCGCGCAAACACCGCCGGGGGAUGACGUCGAGCCAGGCGGAGAAGUACCGCUUCUUACGCUGCCCGUCGAAGACGCGGCGUCGCUAAUUACAGGACAGAUCGACUCGCUUCCCGCAUGUCCUGUGGCCGACGCUGCGUUACAAGGAGGCAAGCUGUCCGAGGCAUGGCAGACGGCUCUGCACCCUACGCUGCCGUGCUUUGCAGCCGUCGGUGCAGGCGCCACGGUCACGGUCCACGCCACGCCCUCCUCAAGCGACGCAGCGAGCUUCGGGACGAUGCUUGGGCGUGCACAGCCUCCGCCGUCACGCACGGGAUCCAAGGACCUCUUUGGCCUCUCGCUCGCCUUCCACGCCUCGGGUACACUGCUCGCCGUUGGCACGAACACCGGCCGUGUGCUACUGUACAUGCUCACUUGGCCUUCCCCUCAACGCCCCGCCUUGCAUCUCGUCGCGAUGUUCGCAGACCACCCGGCACCCAUUCGCGCCCUGAGCUUUACCGACACACUGUUGCUGGUGGGUUCAGACGACCGCACUGUUAGUGUGCACGAUGUUCAGCCGAUCCUGACGGCGCCCGAGGUGUUGUCGGACGAAGAGCAUGUGCGGUUGGCAGGAACAGUGGCAUCCCUCGCCGCGCACAAGGGUUGGGUGCUGGCGCUUGGGGCUCCGGCUGCAUCGACGGUGUUCGCGAGCGUGGGCGCGGAUAAGACGAUCAAGUUCUGGGACCUCGCUUCCGCCACCAAAAGCGCACCCGUGUUCAGCGCCAGCGAGAUGAAACCCAUCAGAGCAUUUGCAUUCCAGCCCCGUUCGGGUGAGGAAGACACAGAGGCUACAAUGACCCGCUUCGUCACCGCCAGCGAAGACGGCGCACUCCGUUGGUAUCGCAGCGCAGGCCUUGGGUAG